AUGUGUGAAUCUCCACCAGCCGGGUUUCCCUUCCCGACUGCUGAGGUCCAGAGCAUACUACUUGUCCUCAGUGAGCGGUAUCCAGAGAAGAUAGCUGAGGUAGUGGAGAGAUUGUAUCGGGGACUUUGGGGAGAUGGAGAUUCUGGUAUUGUGACGACUGAUGGGUUUAUGGGUGUUUUGGGAGAUGUGUUUGGUGAGGUGGUUGCGGGGGAGAUCUUAUGUUCUUCCCAAGACUCAGAAACCAAACUCCGUCUGACAGAAAACACCCAAAAAGCAGUCGAUACCGGAGCAUUCGGAUUACCCUGGAUCGAGUGUGUGAAUGCCCAAGGUGAGAAAGAAUGUUUCUGGGGCGUGGAUCAUAUGGAGCGUGUGGUUGAAUUCUUGGGCUUCGAGAGGGCGGAUUCAAAAUGGGGAUUCUGA